AUGAUGGGAGACGAGGACGAUGAUGAGUCAUCCUCGGAUUCAUCCUCUUUCCACUCGACGUCCUCGUUCGAUAUCACGUGCCCGCUCGAACUCUUAUUAGACCCUUCGUUCCUGGGAGACGCGUUAACCGCGGAAACGAUGUUACGAACGAUUUCGAAUUUAAGCGCGCAAGAUUUAGCGAAAACGGCGGAAAGGUGCACGUGCCCGAAAGGCGUCUCGUGUCGGUAUCGAAAAGUGACCGACUCGGACGAGGCGUGGUGGCCGCACUGCGCGAAAGCGUGGUUCGAGGCGGAUAGUUUACCGGCGUUUAGGAAACCGCCGAAGGAUAAGAAGACGUGGAAAGCGGCGUAUUUAGCGUUGAAGCCGGAGGAAGGACCGACGCCGAUGGAGCUGGAAGAGAGGAGAUUGAAGCAAGAGAGGAUCGAAGCGAAAGCGUUGAAAUGGUCGAUGGAGAAUAAGCUCGGGAAAGGGGCGAUUAAAGCGAGGAGUAAAGAAGGUGGGGUAGAGUUAGCGGUGGACAGAAAAAACACGGAUAAGGCGACGUUGAGGGAGUUUUAUAAGACGGUAAGGGCGAAACCGAAAGGGAGAGGGCACAGAGAAGGCGUGAAAGCGUUCAACGCCGGGGCUUGA